UCUUUCAUAACUGUUAAAUAUGCAUUCGAAGCUGCCGGCAUUUCAUUCAUGAACUUCUGCCAGCUUACUACAUGCAGCGUUCGUUUCCUCUUUCUUGACAAUUUUUCGCUCUGUCGGCAGACACACUGAACUGAUUUCAAAGACUUGUGCGUAUGACAAUUUAUUUGUGAAGAAACCAUGAUACGAUCGGUACUUUCCGUGGCUCUACUGAUUGCUUUUGAUUUGAGCGCAAGAAGCAAUGUUGAUGCUGAUUCGUCAGAUAUAAGAAAUAUUACGUCAUGGUUCCGUGUUCUGGAGAAAAAUAAUGCUGUGAUUCCAGGAUUCUCACGUAGAGAAGGCGAGCAAAUGUUCCUAUUGAACUGUGUGGACUCCGACUAUAUCUGCAUGAACUUGGAUCCAUAUAACAAGGGUGAUUUGGCUUACUGUGACACUUUCUGCGUUAUACUUGGCUACAAAUCGGGCGAGUGCAUGGGCACUGACCUUCCAUGUCGUGAUACAUCCUUAAAUGGGCCCAAACCGUGCGCUCGAUGUAUUUGCUCCACGCUGGGACCUCGUCCAGGCUACACCCAUUCCGCCAAGCGGUGUCAGUUGAGGAAAUAACUCUACUCGUGUCACAACACGCUGGAAUCAGGCGCUCGUCACUUUUGGGGCAUGUACAGUUUUAUUGAAAGAGAACGAGAGGAAGACAGAGAAGAAGAUGGGAAGACAACAUUACACAGAAUGGACAGGAAAGACGAUGGGCGACAAUCUGAG